UUUGAGACAAGGAACCUUUUUUAUGUGUGCACAAACAGACAAACAGUCACCACAUCUUUGUCCUUGACAGUCACUAUUCAAGGACAACCUGCAGGUUGUAUACAAAAGUCGUCUGCUGUGUAACCAUCCCUUGCUCUCCACACAGAUAGCCAGAAAAAAUACUGCUGUGACUUCUUCUUCACAUAGCCACGACCAGAGACGAGGAAACAUCCUAAGGAAUUCUGGGACAUUUUGGACAGUCCUUAAGGAGGACACUUUGUUAUGGUUGUUGUCUUCAGAUAAUGAAACCCUUGGAGGCUAUCCGCUGCACUUUUCCAAAUUGUACCUGUGAGUGUUUUUCACCUGGCAAAGUUCACCUCCGUUCCUGUGAAGGCUGCAAACAUGGAUGGGUAGCUCACGCUUUAGAUAAGCUUGGCCACAGACAUAUAUUUAACCUCGGGAUGUCUGUAGAAGUGGUUCAGCCCAACAUCGUGUUUGACAUCGCUAGUCUGAUGCUGUAUGGGACUCAGGCCACACCCAUCAGACUGAAGAUUCUCCUUGACAGACUCUUCAGUGUUCUACAACAUGAGGAGGUGCUCCAGGUCCUACAGGGAUUUGGGUGGACCUAUGAGGACUACGCCAGAGGGUACAUUCUGCAGGACUCCAGUGGGCAGGUAUUGGAUAAGUGGGCCAUUGCUUCUCGUGAGGAAGAACACGUCAUUCUACAACAGUUUCUACGAUUUGGAGAAACAAAAUCAAUCGCCCAAGAAAUCAUUCUACAAGACAGCAAGGACCAACAAGAGCUGCUUUUUAAAGCGGGCAACCGUUCAGACUCUGAGAUUAAAAAAUUCAUUGAAAGAAACAAUCACUCUAUGCAAAACUAUAUGAGAUCUCUUGAUUCACGACAUUUAUUUGGAUCCAGGAUUCCAUUUGUCCCUAUUGAUGGGCGUUUAUUGUCACCAGCAUCUUUAUCUAAUUUUUCACCUCCUUCUUCAAGAGAGCUGAGACCCCCUGUUGUCACUGCUGGAAUGACAUCCUCUAGUCCAAGUUCAGGAUCACCACUAGGAAGGCUACAAACCAUGCAGCCAUUUGACUUCCGUCGAGAUCAGGGAAGCCCUGCUCUUAGUCCAGUUAUCCCAGACAAACAGUCUGGAUCAUCACCCAGCCUCAGUCCCAAAAAUCUCAGCUCUACUCCUCCUUCUUCUCAACCUGUAACACCCCCAUUUACUCCAGUAAAAGGACUUGAGAAUCAGGACCAUUCUCCUCUGUCCCUGACAAAAAUCCCCAUGACUCUGCCAAUUCUUCCACCAAAAGACAAUCAAGGUGUCAGUGCAAUAGACUACUCCACAGCAAAGGACUCACCUGUCUCUCCUAAUUCAAUCUUCUCAGACAGAAAGCUCAAGCAUAUCAGAAAAUCAAACAAUCCUGUCAAGCGACAAUGGAACCCCUCGCCUGGUUUUGGAAGUACAUUCAUUGGACCGAAUGGAAAGAAGCGUGUACUGUGUACAGCUUGUAACAAAACUUUCUGUGACAAAGGAGCCCUGAAAAUUCACUACAGUGCAGUUCAUUUAAAAGAAAUGCACAGAUGUACUGUGGAUGGAUGCAACAUGAUGUUCAGCUCUCGAAGAAGCCGAAACAGGCAUAGUGCAAACCCAAAUCCCAAACUACACAUGCCUCAAAAGCGAGUUAAAAUGUCAGAUAGCAACUCCUUGAAUGAUGACUCUGACAAGUCACUGGCUUGCAGUCCCCCACCUACAAUGGUCAUGCCUCCUACCUUGGGACCACAUGGAACAAUUCCACCAAUUGAUGGAAAAGACAUCCAUCCAGCCAGCCAGGCAGCUUUCUAUGCAGAACUUAAUGCACAUUUAUCAAUGUUUCCUACACCAGAAAAACGAUAUAAACUAUUUCACAAUGAUGAAGGCCCAAAGGAUUUUAGCAUGUUAAAUAACAGGGACUCCAAAUUGGAGUCUGAUGGAGAGAGUCUAUCUGACAAAGAGGAUCGUCAGAAAAUGGUAUCUCCCACUCAGAGAGCAAGCAGACGAAAAAAUAAUAUUCCCACUCGAUACAAACAACCAGCAGAAAACUUCUCUGAUGACAAUUCAGAUGAAAAAGACUCACCAAAAGAAAGUAUUAAUGAAGGAAAGUAUUUUCACAGAAGAAGAAAGAUUGCAGAAUCUGUUGAAAAUGAGAGAUCGUCUAGUCCACAAUCACAAAGAUACUACCUCAAUCUUUCUCUAGCAGAUGGAGAUAAUCCAGAUAAAAGAGAGGGAAAUGAUGCAAGUCCUUCACGUAGAGACUUUCCUAAAAUUGUGUCCCUCUUGUCCAAGUCCCCAGGCUAUGAUUCCCAGGAGGCCUUAGAUUUCUCCAAGCCAAAGAAAAAAGUUGAAGAGGAAUCAGAAAUGGAGAUUGACUUUAAUACAUCGGAGUCAAAGGAGUCUUUCUCUGAGAAAUCAGAUGAAGAAUCUGCAACACAGGAUAACAAAGAGGAGUUGCAUGUAUGUGACAGAUGUGACAAAAGCUUCUCCAAUGAUGCAUCACUGCAAUACCACGUCAAGACCAUGCAUAAGAGUAUCAAAAACACCAAGUCCAUAUCAGACUUCAGCAAUCGCAAAAGAAGGGCAUCUAGAACAGAAGAAAGUGAUGGCACUGAUGAAGAGAGAGAAAACAAAAACAAGAGAAAGGAAGAUGAAGAAAAUCACCAUCCAAUCAAAUAUAAUGUUACACAGAGUAAUGGAAAUGGGCUUUUACAGGAAGAAGAUGAGGAUGAUGGGAAGGGAGAGGAAGAAGAAGACAGAGACAGUGGGACGGAGCUGAAUGAGAUUUGUCUGGAGGAGAACGAGAUAUCUGUCAACUGCCAUAUCUGUGAGUCCAAGUUUAAGGAUAAUUUAGCUCUGAAAGAACAUUUUGAAGUGAACCAUCCAAAAGAGAUGUUUAACUGUACAGUCAAAGGUUGCGAAAAAAUCUUCUCCACACGAAAAAGCCGAAACAGGCACAGUCAAAACGACAAUUUACAUCGACAUUUGUGUUCUGAGAAACAGAAUGGGAUAGCCUGAAGCUCAUUAGGAAACUUACUCAUUGCUCUAGUGCUUUAUUUAUUCACUCAUUGUUUUGUUAAAAUAUUUUGUAAAUGGUUUAACUUAUUACAUCUCACAAGCCAGCAAAUUAAAAACACAUAUUAGAGAACUAACUACUCAAAAUAACAGAUGUAUAUUACCUAUGACUGUGUUGCACAUCCUCAUAUUGGACAAAAAUUUCUUUUAAAAUUGUAUAAAAAACAAAUUGACUUUUUUCUGAUGCUAACCUUAUUGUCUUUAAUGAGAAAAGUACAGUAUGUUUUAGUUUAUGAAACAUAAUAGAUGUCUAUGCAAACUAGCUGGGAGUAAAAAAAAAAACAUAACACAUUCAUUUAAGCCAAUUCAAUCAGUCAUUUUUGCUUGGAUGUACACAUAGUCAGUAUUAUUUACACACAGUUACAUGCAAUAUAUGUUUUCUAGAUGUCUCAGUGUUGUGCAUAAUGUUGUGAAGUUUUUUUUUUUUUCUUAAAAUAAAUCUCAGGUAAAAUUGCACUUAUGUAACUUCUAGUGAUUAGUCAUGGUAUGUUCGUGUUUAUUGAAAACCUUGUCUUUUUUUCUCUGUUGCAAUAGUAAGUCCAUCCAUAUAAGAAAUGUGAGGAAAAAACUGCAAAAAUUUAUUUUACAAGGUUUUUCAAAUGUUGUAGCUGCAUGUAUCACAUUACCUUUUCUGUAGCAAGGGAAAUAAUCCAAAAGCAUGUCUCAUAGUUUACAUUUCUUUUUCAUUUUUUUUUUCACUUAUAAUAUUGCAAUGCUUUUACUGAAGUAUUUUUGUAGUAAUUUUAUUGAAAUGAUAUAUAUUAAACUACAAUCCCUGAUCACUUAUCGGAUGCAAUGUGUGUACAGGUCAUGUGAAGUCGUAUAUCUGUGUCGGUAGCAUGCUUGAUUUAUCAUCCCCCACCUCUGUAGUAUCUAUUGAUUGUAGUGCACAUUGUUUUUUUUUUUACUCAGUUGGUAACAAAGUAUGUACAUGUUACAAUUUUAAUUGAAGAAAAAAAACAUGACGGAAUUGAUUUUCUUGAAUUAUUUUGUCAGUUUUCGAGAGAAAAUAAUACAUAUACCGGGUACUUUAAAAAUUUGAUAUUCCUUCAACUACAUACAGCAUUGUUAAUUUGUUGUUUGUUAUGUUCCAUAUAGUGUUUUUCCUAGUAUUUAGCGUAUUAUUAUAAGGAGAUUUUUUAUGCAUAGUAAAUUUUUGUAGACUUACAACAGACAUGUUAUUUUAUAUUACCAAUAUUAUGCACUUUUAAACAAUAUUAUGCAAAUAUUUGUUUUUGUUAUGACAAAUAUCUAGUCGAUUAUAUAUUAUUUGAGCACAUUUUAUAUUGAUUUUGUCAAUGUUCAAGUCCUGCCAAUUCAGAGAUGCCAAAACCUGUAUAUUGUGUUGAACACUUAGGUAGUGUAGACUGUGAUAUUUCUGCAGAUUGACCUAUAUUCACCUCAGUCCCGCUCGAGAACUUAAUCCAAAUUCCACAAUCUGGGUUUCAGAAGAAUCCUAUGACCUGAUACGUGUGAAAGACCUUUGUACAGAAAUACAUGUACAUAUUGCAUAUGUAUUUCAAGUUCUAAUGGAAAUCCAUGAUUUUAAUGUUAUAUAUUAUGGGGUACUUUUUAAUACCUGAUUGAAACAUUGAAACACAAAUUAAUUUGAACUGAAAGUUGAACCUAAAUAUUAUAGCUUGUAGGUGUGUUGUCAGAAAUACUACAUCAAAGUGUCUUUUCAAUUUUCAGUAUGUGAGUAGGAAAAAUGUUAUCACAGAUAAUAAAUUUUCAUCACUACUAUGAUUUUGCUCUAACUAUAGUACAGCCAUAUAUACUUGCAGUUUGGAGUGUACAAAUUAUGACCCAUUUUAUGUGUAAGGAAGUUGUGUUAUAUAUUGGUCUUUAUGUAUUUUAAUAGAUUGAAAAACUUUCAUCAGAGAUUCUUUGUGUUAGCAAGUCACUUAUGCCUCAUAAUGAUUUGUAAUUUUUUUUUUUUACAUAGGGCACCACACCAGAUUUUGAUUUUCAGUCAUAUAUAGUAUUCACUGUUCAGUAUUGGAUAGAUGUGUUAUUUGUGCAAUAGGCGAAAUACAAUGAAGUUGUUAUCAUUUUAUGCAUAAUUUAUACAGACCACUUUUUGUAACAGUAUUAGGUUUAGAAUAAAGUUCUUGUAUACACUUAA